AUGUUGUCUUGGGCUUGUCAGUUCCCCUUCGCACUGCUUUUGGCGUCCCUUGUGGCCUUGUCCCGACCAACGGCGGCCUUGUGCUCUCAUACCAUCUACAUUCUCCGACAUGGCCAAUCGGAUGCCAAUGCCCAUGGAUUGAUCCAGGGAUCAUCAGAUUUCUCUCGUCUCACCGACGUUGGCAAGGAACAAGCCGCCAUGGUAUCUCGUCAAGCUUUGGAUGGACUCCCAGUGGAUGCCGUCUACGUGUCACCACUGUCGCGGGCGCAAGACACUCUCAAGGAGGUGCAGAAACGCACUCAAACCAUACCAAAGACAACAACGACACUGCACAACUUGAGAGAGAUUGACUUUUACGACUGGCAAGAACGACACAAAGAUGAUCUUGCUGUGGAAUUCGAGGAUGCGUGGAAGGCAUGGAAGAACAGUGAUCCCUACAAACUAAUAGUCCCUAAUGGCAGUCAAGAGCAUUAUCCCCUACUGGAAAUGUGGGAACGGGCAGGCAAGGUAUGGCAAGAAAUACAACAGCUUGAAAAAGAGAGAAAUGAUGCUACGGAUAAGCAUACGACUGUGCUGAUUGUGGCACAUGGAUCCCUAGGACAAGCUCUGUUGGGAACUGCCAUGGGAUGGGAUGCUACUCACUUUCGACGCCACGUUUUUCCCAAUUGUGGCGUGUUGGAAAUUCAAUGGGAUCAGUUUUUAGAUGCAGCUCCUGCGGAAAGAUGGAGGUGGAAGUGGCCUCGGAAUUCUGAAUGGUCACAAGGGGAUACAGCGAGAACAGAAUUGUAG